AUGGACGCUCCAUCAUCAUCAUCAUCAUCAUCACCAACAAACAGCAUCCAGCCAUAUUCUUCUCCAUCCACCCAGAGACUCUCCCUCCUCCAUGGCCCCUCCGACCCUCCCCUCGUCGACUUGACCCUCGGCGAGCUCCUCCAGCUGCAAACCUACCAGUACGGCACCAAGGAGUGCAUCGUCAUCCCCUGGACAGGCGCACGAUGGACAUACCACGACCUCAACCAGCAGAGCUCGGCCCUGGCCCAGUCGCUGCUCGACAUGGGCAUCGGCGUCGGCGAUCGCGUGGGCAUCAUGGCCGGCAACUGCGAGCAGUACGCAGCAGUCUUCUUUGCCGUGGCCAAGAUCGGCGCCAUCCUCGUCAUCCUGAACAACACUUACACGGCGACCGAGGCCAUGUACGGCCUCACCUUUUCCGACUGCAAGGUGUUUUUCGUGACGCGCACCAUUGGCCGGACGAACAACGCGCCGCUGCUGCAGAACUUGAAGAAUGAAGCCUCGCCUAUCAAGGUUGUGAUCCUGAGGGGAGAGGGCGACGAAUACCCGACGUAUGACGAGCUCGUCAAGGCUGGUUCGAGACAGAACCACGACAGGCUGUACCGGGUCAUGAGCAAGGUCCUGCCUCACCAGGUGGUGAACCUGCAGUUUACAAGCGGGACGACGGGGUUGCCAAAGGCAGCCAUGUUGACGCAUCACAAUCUGGUCAACAACUCUCGCUUCAUCGGCGACAGAAUGCGCCUCACCCACGAAGACGUCCUCUGCUGCCCUCCCCCCCUAUUCCACUGCUUUGGCCUCGUCCUCGGCCUCCUGGCCAUCGUCACCCACGGCGGCAAGAUCGUGUAUCCGGCAGAGGUCUUUGACAUCCCGGCCACCCUCCGGGCCAUCUCCGACGAGGACUGCACCGCCGUCCACGGCGUCCCCGCCAUGUUCGACUCCCUCUUCCAGGCCGAGCCCCCGGCCAACUUCAAGUGCGACCGGCUGCGCACGGGCAUCAUCGCCGGCGCCCCCGUCCCGCGCUAUCUCAUGGAGCUGCUGGUGAACCGCUUCGGCAUGACGGAGUUUACGAGCAGCUACGGCCUCACCGAGGCGUCCCCCACGUGCUUUAAUGCCUUUACCGACGACGCCAUGACGAGGAGGCUCACCACCGUGGGGACUCUGAUGCCGCACGCGCAGGCCAAGAUUGUCGACCGCGACGGCAACAUUGUGCCCAUUGGCACGAGGGGCGAGCUUUGCAUGGCCGGAUACCAGCUGCAGGCGGGAUACUGGAACAACUCGGAAAAGACCAACGAGGUCAUGGUCCGGGACGCGGCCGGCGUGCUGUGGCUGCAUACCGGCGACGAGGCCGUCUUUGACGAGGACGGCUACUGCACCAUCACGGGCAGAUUCAAAGACAUCAUCAUCCGAGGCGGCGAAAACAUCUACCCCCUUGAGAUCGAGGAGCGCCUCAUGGCACACCCUUCCAUCUCGCGCGCCAUCGUCGUCGGCCUCAAGAACAAGCACUACGGCGAGGUCGUCGGCGCCUUUGUCGAGCUGGCGGACAACGCCAAGAAGCUCUCCGACCAGGAGGUCCGGGACUGGGUGCGCAAGACGCUGGGGAACCACAAGGCGCCCGCGCACGUCUUUUGGCUGGGGCAGGACGGCGUGCCGGCGGAUGUGCCCCUGACGGGCAGCGGCAAGAUUCGCAAGUUUGAGAUGGCGAAGCUAGGGGAUGAGAUCUUGAGUAAGAUGGCCAAGACUUCGAAGCUGUAA